AUGGUCCUGGCUAAGAAGGGGGGCAGAGGCAGAGGACGAAGAGACGACACCCCUGCUCGAACCCCUACACCAGGUAGGCGACAACACUUGCCGAUUAGCCCAGAGGAGACCGCGAGGCAAGACGCAAUAAGGCAAACUCUUAGAGACAGGUCACGAAGACCAGUGACGAUGCCGAAUAGCAGUUCAGGCUCAGCGAGUGGGCAAACAACGCCCGAGGAUCAGCCCGGACAAAACGUUCCACCGGUUGCAAGAAACCCGACACCGGAGCUCCCGUCUCCGGACCUAAAUGAAUUAGUAAUAGGAGACAACGAAGUACUGAGCGUAAGACUCCAGGAGUUAACAACACGGGUAAACAGAUCAGAGAGCCAGAUGCAGGACACAAGUCGGCAACUGGAAGGCAUGCAAGCCAACAUACGGGAAAACACAGGCUUCAUAGCCACGAUGAUCACGACAGUACCGGCACUACAGGCGACAGUCAUAGACCUCAAAGGCACAAUAUAUAACGAAUCAGCAUCUAGACUAAUGGUCGCCGAACAACAAUCGGCGGCAACCCUUCAAAACUUCCGCCGUGAAAUGAACGGGUCACUGAAUACUGUGGCAAGCGAACUCCGUGGUACGAUAAGAAAUUUAUCACUCCACAUAGCCGAGCUACAAAACAUGCCCACGCAUGGGGCCCUCGAAGAAGCCAUUAGGGCCGAGACAAGAGCAUUACUCGACGCCCAAACCGAGGCCCGAGACACGGCACUCAGAGUAUUAACAGACAGACUAAAUCAGCUAUACGCAUCAGGAAUAGCAUCUAUGAGAAGGAUUGAAGCCUUAGAAGUGAACAGACCUCACAUAAACCCUGCGGCAGCCGCCUCGGCAACGGGAACCGUUCCUAGACCGGCCCGAAGCCUAUGGGACGAACCAACGGAGAGAGAACCUCCUCGGGCAAACAGAUCGGGUGAAGACAGGCAGCCUCCAUCAUAUGACGAACCACCGCCAUCCUAUCACAGUACGAUGGGCAACGGAGACGGGCCCAGACAUCACACGGGUGGCGGGCCAACCGCGGCGGGCACGUCACGACCACACUCAGAUCAUAGGAAUCGUCCGGCGGCCGGACCACCCCCCAGAGGGUCACACCGAAGUCUGUCCCCGGAUAGAACGGCAAGAGCUCCUCGUCGUGGCCCAGCCAACGACCAAGAAGAGCUGACAGAGGAACUGGCGCAAAUUCGCGACGAGCUAACAACAGCCUAUGCGCGUUAUGGGAGGUCUAGAACAGAGCCAGAAAGACAGGUACAACGGGUUAACUUUAUGGCCAGAUACCAACCAUACAUAGACACUACAAAAGCGCUAAUGCCUCUGCUCGACCGAGCAGGUAAGGCGAACCUUAGGCAAGAAAUAGCCCGGGUAGAAACAGAGAGGUUGGGCAUUACCCCACAGCAAGGGCAAGCUCAUGCAGCACCGCCGAGGGUAAGGAUUAACCCACCAAAAUUCUCUGGAGACAUAUUGAAAUAUCAUGGUUGGAGAAGCACUUGGGAUACGUACCAUAACAAUCCAAGCUACACAGAUAGUGAGAAGAGCCAGAUGCUCGAAGCAGCGUUAGAAGGUGAAGCCAGAACAUCGACAGCAAGCUUUACGUUCUCAGCGGAAAGCUAUGCCAACAUCUUACAAGUUCUGGCAGAUAGAUUCGGCAACCGAAACCAAGUGAUCGGUAAACACGAAGCCCUGUUAAGACAAGCAGCAGGCAGGCCACUGGGAGCCGAGAGCACAGCAUUUGAGCUAAGAGAGAAAUAUAUAGAAGUGGCCAACCAUCGCCAAGGUCUACUAGACCAGGGUGUCCUACCAGCCACAUUUGACUCCCACACGGCAGUCGAGAUACUGAGAUCUCUACCCCACUCCAUCACAGAAAGAUGGAGAUUCAACUGGGGGAUAAACAACGCACCAACACUAGACCAAGUCUUACAACAACUUGACGAUCUGAUACAAGUAAAAUCAAGUGAAGAGGCCACGCGUCAAGCGUUCAGACCAGCGGUCACACAGACAAACGCAGCCUCAGUGGCAACAGUUAGAUUCAGAGACCAAACUCCUCCUAGAGCGGCUUGUGUUAUCUGCAGUAGCGAAACACACAACUCGCAUUUCUGUUCGAUGGGUACAGCAAGAGACAGGAGACGGGUUAUAAUAGAUUCAGAUCGCUGCCUUAGAUGCCUAGGCCAGGGACACAGAUACCACGACUGUCAGUCUCCACAGGCAUGUAAUAACUGUCAAGCCACGUCUCACGCAACGGUACUAUGCACACUAGAAAGACGUGGAAGAUCUCCAGGCCCACGGCAAAGACCUAGGAGCCGUAGUCAAUCACAAGAGAUUGGCAGAAACAGAUCGCCAAGACCUAGCACGCCAGCCUCAAUGUUGCGCCCAGCACAGUCACCCAGAAGAAACACGGCACAGCCUGAACCCGUGAACGAGCAAGCUAACGUCGCCAGGAUAGAAGGGACAGACAACGGGCUAGUGACAGCCGGAGUCCUACUAAACUUUACGGCAAAAGCAAGAAUUCACGGAACCGAUGACUGGAUCACGAUCAGGGGAAUUCUGGAUAAUGGAAGCAGCAACUCCUUCAUUACCUCGGACUUAGCGAGAAGGCUCAACGCAGAGGUCUCAGGGAGGCAAUUAAUCAGAGUAGGCACCUUCGGGUCCCCAACUCCGAUAGAAGGAUACUUGGAUAUCGUACGAAUUUCAGUCGCCGGUCACACCAAGACGGUAACAGAGAAAUACAUAGUCAGAGACUUUGUACAGAAAAUCUCGCCAUACGUAGACACAGAGCUCGCUCGAAUACUACUAAGAGAAGGCAAAACUUUAGCCGAUACGAGACAUAGAAAACCGUAUCACGGAGAGAACAUUGACAUGCUCAUCGGAAACAGUCUCAUGGGAGAGUUCAUUACAAUGGAGGCCCCACGAAAGCAUAACAGGGUCCUAGCUCAGAACACCAUAUUUGGCUGGGCAAUAUCAGGAUCGUUGGAUAAACCCCCAUUGAAAACAACCACUCUAACAACCAAAGUGGACAUUAUCCCUGAGGAACAGCAGAUAUCAAGUGUAGACAAACACUUCAGCGUCUUCUGGACACUAGAAAGUCUGGGAAUAUCCAGACACGAAAAAACUGACCAAGAAUUCAUACAAUGGUACAUCGACAGCAUCGAGUCGGACAAAGAUGGGCGGGCAGUCAUUAAAUUACCAUUCAGAGGAGAAAAACAAGACUAUGACUCCUGUGAACCUAUAGCUAGGAGUAGGAUGCAAAGCUUACUAGUAACCCUAGCUGCCAACCCUAUACACCAAGAACAAUACCAUGAGGUAAUUCAGUCGUAUCUCAGAGACGGAUUUAUAGAAGAAGCAGAUCCCAAUUAUGACGGCCCAGUAGCAUUCGUACCACACGGGCCAAUCUUCCGGGACCAGGCUGAGACAACAAAAGUAAGACCUGUAUUGGAUGGAUCAGUGCAUCACAAGGGACGACGGAGCUUCAACGCGAACCUCGAAGUAGGUCCCAACCUCAACCCAGACAUAAUGGGUAUUCUCAUGAGAUUCCGACAAGACUGCAUAGCUUGGACCGCCGAUAUUGAGAAAGCGUUUUUGCAAAUACGAAUUCAUGACGACCAUUGUCAGAUCGUACGGUUCCUAUGGGUUGACAACCCCAAAGCAAAAAACCCAGUAGUCAAAAUUUAUGUCUGGAAACGACUACCGUUUGGUCUCACCUCCAGUCCAUUCAUUUUAAGAGCCGUGCUCAUGUGGCACCUAGCGAAGUAUGAGACACAAUAUCCUGGGAUCACAAAUCGAGUCCUAGAUCAAAUCUACGUAGAUGACUGGAUGGGAGGUGAAGAGAAUCCACAGGCGGCAGCCAAUGAGAUAAGGUUAGUAAACCGGAUACUCAGCGAAAUCCAAAUGAAAUUGUCCAAAUGGACAACAAAUUCUCCGGAAUUGAAAGAACUAUUACGGGGGGAGAUCACAUUCUCCGCGGAACCAUCGAAUCUCGCUAUUAAUGAGGUAUUCCAACAUACAGACAAGAAAGCACUGGGUAUCCGGUGGGACCCCAGUACCGACAACUUCUCCUUCAACGCAGAUCAUAUCAUCAAUGAAGCGAUAAGAAUCAAAGACGGGCUAACCAAACGACAGUUGUUUAGUCUAGCACUUACGAUGUAUGACCCGCUUGGGCUCAUAAAUCCAACAAUGUUGAACGGAAAAAGGUCGAUGCAAAUCACCUGGUUAUCACCCACUAAAUGGGAUCAACUAGUGACAUCAGAACCCACAGAAACAUGGGAGAAGUUUAUUAAAGGGUUGAAAGACCUUGGGCUAAUAAAAAUUCCCCGGUGGACAAAAAUAGACAAGAAACAGCCUAGCGAGCUUCACAUCUUCUGUGACGCUAGUGAAACAGGCUACGGAGCGGUGGUAUAUCAAAAGCAAGGCUCAACAAUCGCACUCAUAGCAGCGAAAUCUAAGGUAGCCCCGCUCCCAAAGAAAUCGAUGUCAAUACCUCGGUUAGAGUUGCUAAGUAACGUGAUGGCUACCCUCCUCGGGCAGUACGUACGGGAACAGCAUAGAACAGAUCAUGCAGCACAUAUCUGGACCGAUUCACAAAUCUCGCUCUGCUGGAUCAAAGCCACAGAUAAAAACCCAGAGAUAUGGGUACAAAACCGAGUCGCUAAAAUCAGGGCGUUUGGAGCAGAAUCACACUUCUGCGAAGGGACACAGAACCCAGCCGACUUAUUAUCCAGAGGAGCCUCAGCCAAAGAGCUUGCUCAGGCAAAAUGGUGGACAGGUCCAAACUGGCUACCUAAGUAUGAUGAAUACAAACCCUUGGAAACAACGGUUUCUCACAUCAGAACAGACAUGAUAAGACCAAAGCAUCCGAUAUGGUAUUUAGAAUACAGCGAAUGGACAAGAAUCGUCAGGAUACGAGCCAUGCUCACCAGAGCUAUUGACGCCUUCUGCGGGCGAAAAGUUGUUUCCAACAAAAAACACGAAGUAGACGAAUACUGGAUAGCGGAUGUGGAUCCUCAAUCAGAUAGCUACCGGUACCUGACAGUCAGGAAAUUCGUCAGGCUACAGGAUCACGAAUUGCUUCGAGCCACGUACGACGUAUUGCGGCAAGCACAAAGAGAAUCGUACCCAGAGGACUAUGAAGCCAUCAUCAACCAAGAAACUCCGACAGAGAAGCUGUUUAACAAACUCAGACCGAGAUUCGAUACAACCAACCGAGUAAUCCGGUGUGUCGGAAGACAGCAAGCGCUGCUCGCACACUAUAAAGAGGACGCACUAGUUCUACUCCCACCAGAUCACUAUCUAUCAACAGUACUGAUACGAGAUAUACACAAGAGAGUCGGUCACCUAGGCAUGGCUACAAUGAUCACAGCAAUCAGGGUCGACUACUGGCUCCCAAGACAUGUGCAAGUCAUCAGAAAAAUCUUGGAUCAAUGCGUACCCUGUCAAAGACAGAACGCCACAUCUUGUGACGAGAUUCCGUCACAUCUACCUAUACAAAGACUAAGGACGGAAGACCCGUUUUCAGUCACUGGAGUAGACUUUGCCGGGCCAUUCCAAGUCUUGGUAACCGAACCUUCAGCCGGCCCACCGGUACUACCCAAAGAGACAGCCCCGGGUAUUUCAGGAGCCAAGAAGUUUGAACACAUAACCCCCGAAAUAGCCGGCCAAAUACAACAUGUAUACAUCCUCCUGUUUACAUGCGCAACCACACGGGCGGUACAUCUAGAAGUCACAAGAAACAAGAGUACAGCUGCCUUUAUCAAUGCAUUCAGACGCUUCUGCGCCUUGCGCUUCAAACCGAGAACACUAUACUCAGACAACGCGAAAGAAUUCGAAAGUGCAGCUAAGUACCUAAGAAGGUUGUUUGCAAGCCGCCUUAUAGGAGAUUACAUGGCCAAUAAUAACAUUGUCUGGAGAUUCUCGGCAAAACUCUCAUCAUGGUGGGGAGGAUUUUGGGAGAGAAUGGUACGAACAGCAAAAGAAGCACUCUAUAAAACCUUCAAUCCACUACAAAUGGAUUACGACCUCUUCUGCACAGUAGUCACUGAAGUCAGCGACAUCGUGAACAAUAGGCCACUAGCCUAUGUAGCAAAAGACCUAUUCCCAUUGACUCCAAACCAACUCCUCAAAGGAGGAUUUGUGAAUCAAAUGGACACGCAACCACUCGAUGAAGCGUCUCUGCUGAACUCAGACGCCUCGCACAUAACAGCAAGAGAGAUAGCUCGACGACAGCUAGUAGCCGGUUGGUGGACAGAAUACCGACCCAGGCACCUUAAAGAUUUGAACCGACACUAUGCGGCUCAGAAAAGAAUCAAACCAAUUCAAGUAGGACAAGUCGUAAUCGCAUUUCAACCAAACACCAAACGCAUCGAAUGGCCUGUAGGACGAGUAACUGAAGUAGUGAAAGGCAAAGAUGGAAAGAUACGACGGGUUCAGCUAAUUCUGAUGGAAAAAGGCAAACCCGUAGAAACAGAACGAGCAAUCCAAUGCCUAUACCCACUGGAAGUAGAAGCAGGAACAAUCGAUGCCGACUUCUCGCCAACACCCAGUCUGUACGGGGACUAUGUUACCUCAGCUGGGGAAUUAUGGAAACAAGAUUCCAUGGGGGGAGUGUUGAAUUAUUCAACCACCCUUGACGCUGAGGGUACGGAAGAUGACACCGAAGUAGUCGGUACGAAACACCGCUACGACCCACCACGAAUGCUCGAAGCAGGCCCGAGAGGAAAAUACGACAAGAACGACGGCUCGGAUGAACAACCAAUGACCGAGCAAGAAGAAGAGAGACGCCGGGAGCUCGAAGAACAGCACGACGUAGGACGGGGAGAAGAUUGGGUCCAAGGCAUCUGGGCCUCAGACCCGAGCUAUGACGAGCCACCACCGUCCAACGGCACCACUAACAGAAACUAA